AUGUCCUUCUUCCACAAGUUCUACAACGCGGGCGACGCACCGCCACAGAUUUUUAACAAAACGCUGUACUUAGCCGUCUUUAUCUUCGGCGUCCUUGGUUGUGCUCGUGGCUAUGAUGAAGGUUAUAUUGGUGGUAUCGAAGCUAAGGCACCGUUCCAAAGUCAGUUCGGACUGGACGACCUAACAAAGUCAGAGACAGAGCUUGCAAACCUGAGAUCAAACAUUGCCGCGAUGGUGCAACUGGGGUCCAUCGGUGGCUGUUUGCUGGCAAUGUAUCUCGUGGAUAAGUUCGGACGCAUCAGAACUUUGCAAGGUGUCUGCGUUGGAUGGAUCGUUGGUUCUGUUAUCCAAAUCACAUCGAAGAACGUGGGUCAGCUAUAUGCUGGAAGAUUGAUCGAAGGAUUGUCUAUCGGUCAAACGGUGGUUAUUGGUCCCUGUUACAUGUCAGAGAUUGCACCCAAGAACAUCAGAGGCUUGUGUACGUGUAUUUUUGCCGGUUCAGUGUACCUUGGUUCGAUGUUGUCCAAUUUCAUUAACUAUGGCUGUGCAUUACACUUGCCUACAGACUCCCCAAAACAAUGGAUCGUACCUACUGCUAUAAAGAUUGUCAUUGCCGGAUUGUUGGCCAUCGGUUCAUUGUUGUGCCAUGAAUCUCCAAGAUGGUUAGUAAAACAAGGGCUUAUCAAUGAAUCGGGCACCGUGUUGUCCAAAAUCAGACAUUUGCCAUCAACACAUCCAUAUAUCCUCUGUGAGGUAGGUGAUAUUCAAGAGCAAAUCGACAUCGAGGACGAGGCAACACAAUCUGUGUCUAAAUGGCACGUUUUUAAGGAACUCAUUAUGGUUAAAUCCAUCAGAUAUCGUAUGCUUUUGGCCCUAUCUGCUCAAGUUCUCAGUCAAUGGUCUUUUGCAGGAAGUAUCACCGUAUAUUUUCCAGAAUUGGUAGCAUUGGCCGGAGUGAGAGGCACAGAUAGGCUGCUAUAUUCAUCUAUCUUGGGAGUCGUUAAGUUAACUUCUGCCUAUUUGGGGGCCUUUUUCGUCAUUGACCUUUUAGGGCGCAAAAAAGCUUUAUACAUCGGCAUCACCAUUCAGAUGUUGGCCACACUGUAUUUUGCCAUUUUCUUGCAAAUUAUACCAGACGCCAUAGAGGAUGAUGUUCAGUUGACUGGUUCCAGAAAACACGCUGGACUGGGUGCCCUUGCGAUGCUUUACAUUACUGGUGUCGGUUGGACAUUGGGUUGGAACUCAAUCCAAUACUUGAUCAAUGCUGAGAUGUUGCCCUUAAGGGUGCGUAAUAUCGGAACUGCAACUAUCAUGGCAUUUCACUUUGCUAACCAAUAUGGUAAUACCAAAGCCCUGCCAAGUAUGCUCAUUUCUUUGACGCCAGCGGGCACUUUUUUCUUUGGAGUCGGUGUGCUUGCACUUGGUCUUCUAUGGGCAUUUUUUUUCCUUCCAGAGAUUGCUGGAAGAUCUUUGGAAUCAAUGGAAGACCUGUUCAACUUGCCAUGGUAUUUAAUCGGUCGCCGCGGUGCCGAGCUGUGUCCUGACAACUCUGGUAUCGCACAUGUUAAAGAGGCAGAAUCAGGUGAAUUGGAUAUCAAACAGAAUGACGAGUUCAUCGAAAAUGCGUCAGAUCAAAGUGUGGAUGAUACCAUGACAAGCAAACAAAAAAAAGGCAAGAGCCUAUGUAAUCAAGAAUUCAUCCCCCAGAUUCCACCCUGUGCGUAG